CGAGAGAGAGUGAGGGCGCGAGAGCGACAGUGAGACUGGAGAAAACCACCAUCUCUCGCCUGCCUCCCCUCUCUGUCUCUUUUAUGUGUUUCUGUUUUCAUUUUUUUGUGGGUCGUCCUCUGCUUUCGUUCCGAAGACAUUUUGUUGCUUCCUGUGGGAAAUCUGGGGCAUUUUCUGAGGGAUUUAGAGCUGCCCAUCUGCUUGGACGUGGUAAAACGUCUGGGGUUCUUUGAAACGGCUCUGCUGUUUGGGGGUUUUCUUUCUUACGUUUUUCGGAAUGGAAGGUGAGACUUCUUGGAUACCUAGCCGUUUCAGCGGAAUAGGAAGAGAGAUGAUUGGGGAGGAUACAUUCCUAGACAGCAAUGAUGAAGUUGGGGUUGAUCUCUCUGUGGUCUCUCUUGAUUUUCUUUUGCCAGAUGAUUUACUAGAGAGAAUCCUGGCCUGUUUGCCUAUAGCUAGCAUUUUUAGGGCAAAGUUGGUCUGUAAAAGGUGGUUAGAGAUUGUCAGUUCAGACAGGUUUUUGUGGCAUUUCUCAAGUAUUACAUCGCACAAGCCUUGGUAUUUUAUGUUUACAAGCAAUGAAGGCCCGUUCGGAUUUGCGUAUGAUCCAAUUCUGAGGAAAUGGUACAGUAUACACCUUCCUUGCAUUGGUGCAACGAACUGGUUCAUUGCGUCUUCUUGUGGGUUAGUCUGUUUCAUGGAUAACAGCAGUAGGAGCCAGCUCUAUGUCUGUAAUCCUAUUACCAAGAUCUCUAAAAAGAUAGAGGUGCCUUCCGAGCCUGAACAAUUGGACUAUAGUGCCCUUUCUAUGUCUGUGGACCUUCAGUCCAACUCCUAUACUGUCGCAGUUUUGAAAUCUAAGCAGGUUCCUGAUGAUUUUCUUCAAUGGAAUUUGUCAAUCCAAGUCUAUGAUUCUGAUACGGAGUCCUGGGUUACCUCUGUGACAGAAGUUUUGAGAGGAUGGAGGGGAGGGGAUGAGAGUGUUAUCUGCAAUGGGAUUUUCUAUUUCUUGAUUUACUCAACUGGUGUCAUGGCUACUUCCGAGUACCGGCACAGAUUGGUCAUGUAUGAUCUAGCAAGUAGAUCUUCUCGCUUUUCUUUGAUGCAGAAUUUGAUUUCUGUCCCCUGUCCUUUAACCUGUGGACGUCUGAUGAAUCUCAAGAAUAGAUUGGUAAUGGUUGGUGGGAUUGGUAAACAAGACAGGCCUGAUAUAAUCAAGGGGAUUGGGAUCUGGGUACUGGACAAGACUGAGUGGCAGGAGGUGGCUCGUAUGCCUCAUAAGUACUUUCAAGGAUUUGGGGAGUUGGAUGAUGUUUUCUCUAGCAGUGGAACCGAUGAUCUCAUAUAUAUUCAGAGCUACGGUUCACCUAUUCUGCUUAUAUUUGACAUGAGCCAGAAGCAAUGGAAAUGGUCACAGAAGUGUCCAGUGAGCAAGCGUUUCCCUUUGCAACUUUUCACGGGCUUCUGCUUUGAGCCCAGGCUCGAAGUUGCCCCUUAAUUUAUUGCGGUGCUUGUUCUGGUUGCUUAGUCAAUGUCUUAAGGGAAAGGAUGCUUGAGGGAAUUGCACUAAAUACUGAAUACUCUCAGCAUUCUUGAGAAUGAUAAUAUCUAUCACUUCUGAUAUAUUCGUUGUGUGGGCUAUCUGGUAUAAUUUUGUAAGAUCAUAUAUGUCAAUCUACAAAAGAAAUGCUGGUAUCCCUUUUCUUUUUCCCAUUCCAAUUUGGUUGGGGAUGUAAGGGCGAAUUGAUUGGAGAUUACGCAAUUGUGCAAAGCCUUCAAUCUUGGUAUCAAAGUUUUUGUUACUUACUGCGAGGUUCCUCUCC